UACUCGCUACCAGAAGCUUCUGGUGAAUAUUGUGUUCCACGGACUCGGAAGAAAGAUUGGGCGGGGGUUCAUUCGCGAUUGACAAAUAUUUGGGGUAGUGAAAAACAGGAGUUGGGACAUGGAUAGCCGCUUGCAGGAGAUCCGAGAGCGGCAGAAGUUACGGCGACAGCUCCUGGCGCAGCAGUUGGGAGCUGAAAGUGCCGACAGCAUUGGAGCUGUGUUAAAUAGCAAAGAUGAGCAGAGGGAAAUUGCUGAAACAAGAGAAACUUGUAGGGCUUCCUAUGAUACCUCUGCACCAAAUGUAAAACGUAAGUAUCUGGAUGAAGGAGAGACAGAUGAAGACAAAGUGGAAGAAUAUAAGGAUGAAGUAGAAAUGCAACAGGAGGAAGAGAAUUUGCUGUAUGAAGAAGAGAUUUACAAAGACUCUAGUACUUUUCUUAAGGGAACUCAAAGCUUAAAUCCCCAUAAUGAUUACUGCCAGCAUUUUGUAGACACUGGACAUAGACCUCAGAAUUUCAUCAGGGAUGUAGGUUUAGCUGACAGAUUUGAAGAAUACCCUAAGCUGAGGGAACUUAUCAGGCUAAAGGAUGAGUUAAUAGCUAAGUCUAACACUCCUCCUAUGUACUUACAAGCAGAUAUAGAAGCCUUUGACAUCAGAGAACUAACACCAAAAUUUGAUGUGAUUCUUCUGGAACCACCUUUAGAAGAAUAUUACAGAGAGACUGGCAUCACUGCUAAUGAAAAAUGCUGGACUUGGGAUGAUAUUAUGAAGUUAGAAAUUGAUGAGAUUGCAGCACCUCGAUCAUUUAUUUUUCUCUGGUGUGGUUCCGGGGAGGGACUGGACCUUGGAAGAGUGUGUUUACGCAAGUGGGGUUAUAGAAGAUGUGAAGAUAUUUGUUGGAUUAAAACCAAUAAAAACAAUCCUGGGAAAACUAAGACUUUAGAUCCGAAGGCUGUCUUCCAGAGAACAAAGGAACACUGCCUUAUGGGAAUCAAAGGAACUGUGAAACGUAGCACAGACGGGGACUUCAUUCAUGCUAAUGUUGACAUUGACUUAAUUAUCACUGAAGAACCUGAAAUUGGCAAUAUAGAAAAACCUGUAGAAAUUUUUCAUAUAAUAGAACAUUUUUGUCUUGGUAGAAGACGCCUUCAUCUAUUUGGAAGAGAUAGUACAAUUCGACCAGGCUGGCUUACAGUUGGACCAACACUUACAAAUAGCAACUACAAUGCAGAAACAUAUGCAUCCUAUUUCAGCGCCCCUAAUUCUUACUUGACUGGAUGUACAGAAGAAAUUGAGAGACUUCGACCAAAAUCACCCCCUCCCAAAUCUAAAUCUGAUCGGGGAGGUGGAGCUCCCAGAGGCGGAGGACGAGGUGGAACUUCUGCUGGCCGUGGACGAGAAAGAAAUCGAUCUAACUUCCGAGGAGAAAGAGGUGGCUUUAGAGGAGGCCGUGGAGGAGCACACAGAGGUGGCUUUCCACCUCGAUAAUGUUUGAGGACAGUGAUCCUGUUAAUGCCCCUCUAACCUUCUUUAUUGUAAUUUGAAUUUUCAGUGGAAGACCUACUUUAGAACUCAGUUCCAGCUUGCUCUUUGCUUGAUUUUCUCUGAGCUGCAGGAAUAUCUUAGCCAACUUCCCUUGCAGUUGUUACAGACUGUCUAGUUUUGUUCAGGAUAAAUGAGUGAUCCUUCCUUUUGUCAUGCACAUGUAAGUGAACAGAAUGGAACAACACAAGUAGCUUCACCUUUGGAGAUUGAAUUUAUUCUGAUAGAUUCCAACUAACUACAAAGGCUUUUACUUUUUAGAAAUAGCUGAGCAGUGAAAAAGGUUCAGUCUGUGGUAUCAUACUAGAGCUGACAGGAGUUGAUAAUGUGCAUCCUGCCACUGAUGCCACAGCAAAUGGGAAGUUGUUUGGGAGGCUUGAUAGAAUGGAGUUGGGACAGGUGGUAAACUUCUCUUAGGUUUUUAACAUUUUCUUGAUAAAACAAUAAAAAGAGGCCAACUUCUUUUUUUUCUUUUUUUUUAAAUCUUAAACUCAGAUAUAAUUUGAGUACUGAAGAAAUCGAAAGACAUGGAACAAAAUCACUUCCUGCCAAAUCUAAAUCUGAUAGGGGAAGUGGAGCUUUCAGGGGUGGGCAUAGGAAAGGUAGAACUUAGGCAGACUUUAAAAGAAAAAGCUCAUCAUUAUAAAUAUUUCAAUUGCAUAGCUUCAUAUGACUCUAAAUCAUGCUUCCUAAGAAGCAAAGUGCUAGAACUCUGGUGUAGACUUGAACUUGGAUUGACCAUCAAAGCAGUUUUAUAUUUCUCAACAAAAUGAAAGUAACAGAAGCAACAACAGAGACACCUGGUUCAAGUGCUUAGUUUAAAUGUUUUGUGGAAUAGAGUUCUUGGUGAUGAGAAAAUGACAUAUAUCUUUUAACUUGUUAUGGAGAAAAUUUAACAUAAAACCAAUUAUAGAAAACCCUCAAGAAUACGGCUUGGAAAAUGGAACUGCAGUUGCUUUUUACUAAAACUAAAUGAUGUGGGGUUUUUUUAAGGCGCUGGUUGUGCAGAUCAGUUAGUUGUAUAAGACUUUUUGCUGUCGUUUAUCUUCCUAUAUUAUAACUCAUUUUUCAAAUGAAUUUGCUGAACUUGGUGAAUAU